AUGAACGUGUCAUCUGCCAACGUGACAGGCCGGGAUGCAGACUCCUUCUCUAAAGCAGUGACCAAGUAUGUGAUUGUCAUGGUUCUCGGGAUCUCUCUCAACUUCAUCAAUGCAAGCCUCAUUCACACCUUCUGCAAACACCAGAUCUUCUACAUGAAUCCACGCUACGUCCUUUUUAUUCACCUGGUGGUCAACGACAUGAUCCAAGUGAUAGUGACCAUCAUCCUCUUCGUCAUUAGCUACACCAUCCACAAGAUAAACGUCUACAUCUGCUGCAUCUUCGUCCUGAUGGCUCUUUUCACCACUGAAAACACCCCUCUGAACCUGGCCUGCAUGGCGGUGGAGUGCUACAUCGCCAUCUGUCUCCCCCUCCGACACGUGCAGAUCUGCACGGUCAAAAGAACUGUAAUGCUGAUUGGUUUAAUCUGGGCGACGACCAUUUUGUCAGUUUUCUCUGAUCUCUUCAUCACUUUGAACACAGAGCCUCUGGACUUCUUUCAUACCAGAGUCUUCUGCCUCAGAGAAUCCGUCUUCCCACAUCCCCUCAUCAUCAAGAAGAGAGACAUCAC